AUGAGCGCAAUUUGCUCGCCAUGUCAUGGCGCCUCCCCUUCCCGCCCGCCAACACUCGCGGCUGCCGCAUUCUCCGCCGCACCACACUGCGCGCUUCCCGCAGGACGCCCUUCGCUCCCGCGCUCUCUCUUCCUCCGCCCCCGACUCUCCGCGCCUCGCCAACCUUGCCUCCGCCCAUCCCGCCCCAUCCGCGCCCCUCCUCCCGCUGCUGCGCUCGACGGGCUGGGUUCGGUGUACGGGCAAGUCGCGGACGCGCUGCUGCGCGGGGUGCCGCUGGGCAUGGACGUGACUAUAGCGAGCGUGCAUCACGAGGUGGCGCAGCUCGCGGCCUCCGCCGGCAUUCCGCUGGACGACCCCGUGGCGCUGCGCGAGUGGAUCGCGUCCGUGGCGCUGCUGCUGGCGUACGCGUCCGCGCCGCCCUCCGGUCCCAUGGGCCUCCUCGACUUCCUCGUCGCGCCCCUCCACACAGUCACCUUCAGGCGGUUCUCCCCGUCCGAGGUGAAGGUGGGGCGGCAGCUGGGGCACGGCAACUUCGGCGUGGUCUACGAAGCCACCGCCGCCGGGCCGCGCGGGCAGCCGCAGCGCGUGGUGGUGAAGCGCAAGGCAGCGGGCGCGGGCGCGGAUGAGAUGCAAGACGUGGAGCUGUUCAUGAACCACCGGCUGCAGCGCACGGUGCCAGGAGUGGCGGCCAAGUUCCUGGGGACGAUGGAGGUGCAGCCAGGGGGCAAGCUACAGGAGGGAGUGUGGUUGGUGUGGCAGCACCAGGGCGACAGCACGUUGGACCGGCACCUCAAGGACCGCCAGUACCCCGCGCCGCUGGCCGCCAUGCUGCUGGGCGUGCAGGGGGACGCGAGUGGGUGGUCGGAGGAGCAGCGCAUGUGGGUGGAGUGGCAGGUGGCGCAGACCGUCAUGCGCCAGAUCCUCUCCAACCUCCGCGCCCUGCACCACGCAGGGGUGGUGCACAGGGACGUGAAGCCGGCGAACCUGGUGGUGGACGAGGGCGAGCGCCACCUCUGCCUCAUCGACCUCGGCGCCUGUGUCGACCUGCGCUCCGGCCGCAACUAUGUGCCCAGUGAGACGGUGAUGGAUCCCAAGUACGCCGCCCCCGAGCGCUUUGUCAUGCCGCCCGCCACCACGCCGCAGCUGCCGCCCGACCCGCUGGCGUCGCUGCUGUCGCCGUUCCUCUGGGCGGCCAACUCCCCCGACCGCUUUGACGUCUUCUCCGCUGGCGUUGUGCUGAUGCAGCUGUCCCUCAAGUCGCUGCGCCAUGAAGCCAACCUGGAGGGGUUCAACAACGAGUUGAAGCGCUGUGACUACGACCUGAGCAGGUGGAGGAAGAAGUUUCGACCCGCCAGCGCCGACAUGGCCUUGCUUGAUGCUCAUGGCGGAGCAGCGUUUGACUUGGCACAGCAGCUGCUGCAGAAGCGACCCAACCACGACCAUGCUGUGUGGCCCAGCGCCCUUGCUGCUGCUGGGCGCGCGGGCAAGGGCGAGAGGGCGGAGAGGGCGGAGAGGGGGGAGCAUGGGGAGAAGGGGGAGAGGUUGCAGGUUGGGGAGGAUGCACGGGGGAGACACAAGGACGUGGGGCGGAAGAAAGGCCUGGCUGCUGUGGAGGUGGCGGCAGGAGGUGCCAAGGCAGGCGAGAGGAGUGACGGCGUGAGAGGGCGAGGGGAGGCCGCCCGGGCAAGAGGGGAUGUGCGAGGAGGGAAGGAGGCAGCGGCAGCGGGAGGAGGUGCGAAGGAGGGCAGUGAGGUGGGGAAGGGACUGCUGCUGCAUGCGCUCAAGGCCGUGGUGCCGCCUUCCACCGCCUCCCAACCCCAGCCCUCCCUGCACGCCCCCAGUAGCGGCGGGGGCAAGGCAAGGAAGGCGGCACCAGGUGACAAGGCGGGGCACGUGGCAGGCAGGGGGGACGCGGAGGGCGCAGAGGGGGAGAGCAGCAGGGGCAGGGGAGCAGGCGUGAGGGGGAGGGGGGAUUGCGGGAGGGCGAGGGGCGGGGCGGUGGAUGUGGCGGGGGCGGUGAAGCGAGGGCACGUGGCCACGGCGUACGUGCUGGGGUCGCUGGUGGCGGGGCUCGCCCGCUCGCUGGACGAUGACAAGAGCCGCGGCGGUGGUGAGGGGGGGGACGCAGGCAUGAGGCGUGGUGUGGCAGGCAGCGAGGCGGAGGCGGGUGAGGGUAAGGAGGCCACGGGAAGAGGUGGGAAGGAGGAGAGAGAUGGGGGAAAAAGGGAGGUAGAGGGCAGGAAGGAUGCGACGGAGAAGGAAGCUGGACGUGAGGUGCGAGAUGGUGGAGAGAGGUCAGGGGCUCGGGCAGGAGGUGAUGGGGCGAGGGUGGAGAUGGGCAAGGGGAAGGCGGUUGAGGGGGGGGACAGGGGGCGAGAUGGGGGGAGUGAGGGGGGCGUGGGAGUGAGUGUGGCGGUGGGCAUGGCGGAGGUGGGCGUGGCAGCAGCAGGUGCGACAGCAACGGCAGUGAUGGCAAUCGCCUCCUCCGUUUGGCGCGACAUGGCUACCCCCUCGCCCGCCCCUCCCGCCCCCACUGCCCGCAGCAGCCCUGUGACAGCAGUGGUGGAGGCCAGUGCGGUGGGCAGUGGGAGGAGGGGGAAGGAGAGGAAGGAGCAGGAGAGGGUGUUGCAAGAGGCAGUGGAGGCGGCAGCGGAGGAGCGGGAACGGAUUCUGAGGGGGGUUGGGGAGAGAGAGGGCGGCAGGCAGCACGAGGGGUCGCCUGUGGAGUUGCAUGCAGUGGUAGGAGGUGGCGAGAGUGGGGCGUAUGUGGGGGGGGUGGGAGUGGCGGCUCGGGAGGGGCGUAUGAGGAGGCAGGUGGAGCGGCAGGUGAUAGCAGAGGAGCUGCUGACGUCAGUGGGCGAGCUGGGGGUGCAGCUGGGGUCACUGGAGGAGUCGCUGCAGGCAGGCCGGCAUGUGGCGGCAGAGCAGCAGCACCUGCUCACCCGGGUCAGUGCUGUUAGAGCCACUCUUGCCAAGCCCAGAAACUGA